AUGAAGAACCGAAACGAUUUUGUGUUUGAUUUCCAAGCUAAGUCUAGCACGGAUUUAAAGAGGAAGAUGAAAAUCAAGGUUGAAAAUGAAAAGGCUUUAAAAGUCAACCCAACAAAUCAAGGAAGCAAUCCUAUAAACACCAAUGUUGGAAAUAUUCAAAAGCUGGACCAUCGAAAGAAAUUGAAAGUAGAAGUCUCUAAGAAAAUGGUUGAGCCAAGCAAAGUGUUUGUACCGAAUAGUAACAUUAGAAGCCAAUCGGAAGUAGAAAUUUCUAAUAAAGUUGCCCAGCCGAGCAAAGUGCAUGUUCUCAAUAGUAAUAAGAGGCAAAUGGAAGUAGAGGCUACAAAGGAAAUUACUGAGCCAAGAAAAGUGCUUGCUCUGAAUAAUAAUACUAAAAAGAAAUUGAAUUCAAUGGUGGAUCAACAAGUUAAAGGUUCAAUAGAAUCACAAGUCUCAAAGAACACCAGUGAUCAAACCAAAAAGAUUUUGCAAAGCCUUAACAAUACUAUGAACAAGUCUCAACAACCCUUUGAGAAGAAAAAAAGUCUUCUAAAGUGUCCAACCAUGCCCCUUACUGAAUGUCUCGAUAAAAAUAAGGAAAAAGUUGGAGUUGAGGAAUUCGACGAUGAAGAUACAGAAGAAAAUGAAAUGGAAGAAUAUAUGGAGAAUGAUAGCAUCCAUAAUGUUAAGGAAGUUGAGGGAACAGAUGUAAACAAAGCUGAAGGUAAUACCUUAGGUACUUCAUCCUCGAGAUUAACAAAAAAGCGGGGAAAGACGUUAUGUCGAAAAAUUCAUGGACGACAAUUCAAAGAUAGACAAGAGAUCACCUUGAAUGAAGAAGGACAACCAAUUGGGCCAGAUGAAAAGACAGUGUCUGAACUCAGUAGUUUUUUGGGGACACUAGGAAGAAGUUCAGAUUUAUGUCCUCUCACUUUCACUAGUUGGAUUGAUUUGGUCAAGCAUUGGGAGGAACACAAUUUGGAUCCCGUGUGGGAUUAUGUAAAUGAAAAAUACAAUAUCCCAAAGGAAGGAAAGAAGGCUGUAUUUGCUAUUACAAAUGAUGCUUGGAGACGAUACAAAUGCUCGCUUAAAAGGAAGCAUUUUAGCAAGUAUAAAACCUUGCGCGAGCAGCUAAAAAAUCGUCCACAAGAGGUACCAGAAGAAGAUUUUAGAAAGUUAUUGGAGUAUUGGAGAGAUGACAAAACUCUAGAAGUCAGUCAUCAAAAUGCCGAAAAUGUAGCUCAACUGAAAUGGAGACAUCGAAUGGGGAAUAAAGGUUUUGCUGUUAUAAGAGAAAAAAUGCGUGAAAAUAAUGAAGAUAAAGAACCUCCGACUCAAGCUGAAAUGUUCAUUGCUACUCGACAAAGUAGGAAAGGAAAGGAGUUGGAUCAAGAAACCAACCAUGCAAUUAUAAAACUUCAAGACUUGAUUGAAAAUCAUGGAAAACCUUCUUCAGAAGCUUUUGAAAAUGUAUUUGGCAAACAAAAACCUGGGAGAUUGCGUUGCCACGGAAGAACCACAACACCGACUCUCUUGAAAAGAAACGAAGAAAUUGCAAAAAUUAAAAGAGAGCAUGCUGCUGAAAUUAGACAAUUUAAUGACAAGUUACAAGAUAUGGAAGAAAAACAUCGUCAAGAUAAAGAAGAAACUGAUAGGAAAAUUCAGGUUCUUCUUAAGACUGUUUUGAAUCAAAAUACCUCCGAGUUGAAUAUAGAGGCUUUGGCAGCUUUGAUAUCAACUCCUGCAACUGAUGCUAACAGUGUCUUACGUUCUUCUACAUCAACACAUGCUCCAACUAAUGAUCAAGUCAUGAAUGAUAAUAUCAAUGAAGAUUUUGAAUUUGAAGAUGAAGAAACGUAG